UCAUUCCAGUCUCAUCUGACUGAGAGGCAGACGGAGCUCUAGCGGUCAAACUCGCCACCAACUCUGCAUCAUCCGUCCUCAAAGUGAUACACUGGGGCAGUUGCUGCUCCGGCUUCGUUUUUUUUCUCUGGUUUGGUUUUUUUUUUUUUUUUUUGCAACGUGUGUGUGUGUGUGUGUGUGCGUGUGUUGUAGUUGUGAGCAUGCAAGGCAACGGUCGUCACCGAAACAAGGAAUCAAGGAGAACAUGGACAAAUCGGCAACUUGUAUUUUACAAAUGCACUUUAUAUUUAUUCAUCUUUAGUCUGGAACUGAAGAGGAGCGUUACGGCGCCGCUGGACUCUGACGAGUUUGCUUUCUUCCAUGAGGGCGCCCAGGGGUGUCUGGGAGUGCGGGAUCACUCUCUCGUCUUGUCAUCCGCCUGUGAGGAGGCCCACCAGCGCUGGAAGUGGGUGAACCGGGGUCGCCUGUUCAACCUUGGCUCCUCGCUGUGCCUGGGCGUGACCACUGGUAACUUCACCUCCAGAUGGGACGGGUCACCCCUGGGCGUCUACACCUGUGACCGUGAGCCACCCAGAAUACGCUGGACCUGGAACUGCGGCCAGGUGUUGGACAACCUCAACAACUACCUUCCCUCGCCCUCGUUUUGGAACUCCUCCUCGACCUCUUCUACUUCAAAGCUCAAAUGGAGACUGCAUGGCGCUGUGCAGGACCUGUGCUCGAAAACAUAUCAGGAGAUCUACACAAUCCAGGGGAACUCUCAUGGGCGCCCCUGCUACCUGCCCUUCCUGUAUGACGGUCAGUGGUUUCACAACUGCACCAGUAUCGGGCGCGAGGACGGUCACCUCUGGUGUGCCACCACCUACGACUACGGCAAAGACGAGCGCUGGGGCUUCUGUCCUGUAAAGAGCAGUGGCUGUGAGACAUUCUGGGAUACUGACCCGCUGACAGACAGCUGUUACCAGUUUAACUUCCAGGCUACGCUGUCAUGGAGCGAGGCUCGGAUCAGUUGCCAGCAGCAGGGAGCAGACUUGCUAAGCAUCACCAAGCUGCAUGAGCAGACAUACAUCAAUGGUUUACUGACAGGCUACAGUGCUGCUUUGUGGAUCGGCCUCAAUGACCUGGACAUCAAGGGAGGCUGGCAAUGGGCCGACUCCUCACCGCUAAAAUAUCUCAACUGGGAGCCAGACCAGCCAAACCAUGCUGAGGAAGAGAACUGCGCUGUGAUCAGAACUGAGUCAUCCGGUCGUUGGCAAAACCGUGAUUGCUCUGUUGCUCUGCCGUAUGUCUGUAAGAAGAGACCAAAUGCCACCCUGGACCCCUUCACUACCGACUCGUGGGCUGAUGAUGAGAAAUAUGAGUGUGAUGUGGGCUGGCAGGCCUUCCAGGCUGGAUGCUACAAGCUGACUUCCAAGAAGAUCGACUGGGAUACAGCUCAGAAAACCUGUCAGAGGAUGGAGGCCAACCUGGUCAGCAUCCACACCCUACCUGAGCUAGAGUUCAUCAUACGCAACCUGAAGAAAGACAUUGACCAGCUCUGGAUAGGGCUCCAUGACACUGAUAUGCAAAUGGACUUCCAAUGGACUGACCACACGCCCGUCAUCUUCACCUACUGGCACCCCUUUGAACCCAACAACUUCCGCAACACCCUAGAAGACUGCGUCUCCCUGUGGGGAGCUGAGGGCCGCUGGGAUGACAGCCCUUGUAAUCUGACUCUGGCCUCCAUCUGCAAGAAACCGGGAACAAAGAGUGAUGGGAAGCCACAGCACCAAGACUGCAAACAAGGCUGGAAGUGGCACAGCCCAGCUUGUUACUGGGUGGGAGAAGAUCUGUUUACCUUUGAUGAAGCCAGGAAGUCCUGUGAGGACCAGGGAGCCGCCCUUGUUACCAUUACUAAUCGGUUCGAGCAGGCGUUUGUCAACAGCCUGGUGUUCGGUCGCUCUGGUGAUUCCUUCUGGAUCGGCCUCAAUGACCAGGGCAGCCCCGGCUCUUUCCACUGGCUCAGCAAGGAUGAAGUGUCCUACACCAACUGGAAUCGCGACCAGCCAGUCAAAGUCCGCGGCGGCUGCGUUUCCAUGGCGACGGGCUUCGCAACAGGUCUGUGGGAGGUGAGGGAGUGUGCGUCAUCGAAGGCGAAAUUCAUCUGCCGUCAGAACCAGGACACGUCUCUGAGCCCCGAGCCCCCCGCCCCUCAGCCCACCCCGAGCCUCAGCGGCGCCUGUCCCAGCGGCUGGAAGAGCAACAGCAACCUGCGCUACUGUUACAAGGUGUUUCACUCCUCCCAGCUGGAGCAGAAGCUGAGCUGGCUGCAGGCUCACCUGUCCUGCCGGAGACACGGAGCCAACCUGCUGAGUAUCACCAGCCCUGAUGAGGAGCAGUUCAUUCUGCAGGUCCUCCACGAGGCCUUUGGGGAGUCAGAGGAGCAUGAGCAGCACUGGUUUUGGAUCGGGCUGAACCGCAGAAACCCAAUGGACAAUGGCAGCUGGAAGUGGAGUGAUGGACUGGCUUUCACAUACCAGAACUUUGGCCGCUACUACUACAACAUCCGGCAAUGUGCUGCAGCAGACUUGGGCACUAUGACCUGGCUGGCCAUGCACUGUGACUCUGAGUUAGACUGGAUCUGCAAGAUCCCCAGAGGUACUGUUGAGAAGGAACCAGACGUCUCUGAAGGCGCCACUUCACCAGAGUGGAUUGGCUUCCAGGAGGCUGAGUAUAAAUUUUUUGACCACCGCACCACUUGGGACCAGGCCCAGAGAAUUUGCUCCUGGUUUGAUUCUUCGCUGGCGUCUGUCCACUCAGCAGCGGAAGAAGCUUUCCUGGCCAACACUUUACGCGAGAUGGUGAAAGUGGAGGGUGAUAAUUGGUGGCUGGGGCUUCACACCUAUGAAAAUGAUGGCCGCUUCCGCUGGUCUGACCACUCUGUGCUCAAUUAUGUGUCCUGGGCUCUCGGGAGGCCGCACCCACUCAGCCGUGAUCGCAAAUGUGUCCGCCUGGCCGCCAGCAAAGCGGAUUGGGCUGACCAGAAGUGCCACUCUGACCUGCCCUACAUCUGCAAGAGAGUGAAUGUCACAGGCACCAUUCCUCCAACUCCAUCAUCCCCACACCCACCUGCAGGCUGUCCUGACGGAUGGUCCUCCUAUCAACAUAAGUGUUUCAGAGUAUUUGAUCAGCCAGACCGAGUCACAUGGUCUGCGGCCAAGUUGAAAUGUGAAAUUCAAGGAGGUGUACUGGCAGUGGUGUCGAAUCAUUUGGAGCAAGCCUUUGUCACCACCCUGCUUCGCAAUGCCAGUGUUGACCUUUGGGUGGGCCUGACCUCAGAUUCUAAAGGUCAUUUCCAGUGGGCCAAGGCCAGCCUGCUCAGCUACACCAACUGGGCUCCCGGAGAGCCACUCGACAACAGCGGACCACACCACAACAGGACCCCGGGAAACUGUGUGGCGAUGAUUCAUGGGAACCCACAGAAGAACACGGGCAUGUGGGCCUCGCGAGCCUGUGAGAUGGAAAGUAAUGGCUUCCUCUGUCAGAGGCAACAAGACUCAGGUAUCCCUCCGGCCCCGGCUCUUAUCCCCACCUCCCUGUCAAAGCCUGUGGAACUGGGAGGAGUGACUUACCGGGUUGUGGAGAAGCGUCUGGACUGGACCGGGGCUCUGCACCUCUGUGAGUCUUUGAAUGGGACCCUGGCCAUGGUGAGAGAUCCCUACCAGCAGGCUUACCUUACACUGCUGAUCAACAGCCUGCGCCGGCCUGCCUGGAUUGGUAUCUACAAUUAUGGAGGACGGAGCUUCACCUGGCUGGGUGAAGAAGAACUGUCGUAUACAAACUGGAAGGAUGGGGAGCCCCAUCAGACGGCUGGAUGUGGUCACAUGACCACUACUGGCCAGUGGACUAUGACUUCCUGUGAGGCUAAACUGGAGGCUGCUAUCUGUCAGAUUGGUGAGGAGCCUGUGCUUCACGAGUGGAUCUACCCCGGCCAGUGCCCCCAUUCUCUGGGAGAGUGGGCGUGGGUGCCUUUUAGAAACCACUGUUAUGCCUUCAACCUGCAAACUCUUAGACUGCAGCAGGAUGCUCGCACAUCCUGUAAAAAAGCGGGAGCUGAACUUCUCUCCAUCUUAGAUGAGACGGAGAACGGAUUUGUAUGGGAACACAUCCAGAGCUAUGCAGAGCAGGCACAUGGAGCUUGGCUGGGCAUCAGCGUGAAAGGUAGAGGUCUAGUGUGGAGCGAGGACAUGGAGAUGUCGUACACCAACUGGGAGACGCAUGAUGUGGCCCUCUCUGUUUUGUCUCCAAACUCCUGCUUCUGGAUCCAGAGCAACAGCGGCCUGUGGAAGCCAGGCUCCUGCAGAAAUCGCACGCACGGAGUCAUCUGUAAACUGCCUCGCAGUAUUGAAACCGCAGCUGUAACAUCGCAAAGCGAUCACCUGCCCACUGUGAUCGUUGUCUUGGUGACGGCUCUGGUGCUGGUGGCGCUAAUCGUCGGUGUGAUCUACUUGUACCGUCGGCGAACUGUCGGGUCGCGGGGCUCCUAUGAAGGGGCCCGCUACAGCCGCACCAACUCCAGCCUCACAGAGCAGAUUGAGAAGAACAUCCUGGUGUCAGACAUGGAGCUGAACGAGCAGGCGGAGUAGCAGAGCCGCCUCGCAGCGACUCAACCCAGGACUGGACCUGAACUGAAACAGGAGAGGCUGAUUUUAUCGCGCUGACUCAGAUACACAUUGUGGCAUUUAUGUUUUUGUUGACUCUUUUGAAACCAAAAAACAAAAAAAAAGAUUUUUAAAGUGCUGAAGGGCUGUGUAGAGCGCAGCAGAUGUUUAAUUUUAAAUUGAAUCCCCGCCUUCUCAAUCCUCUUUUGCCAAGACUUAACAGCUCUACCAAUGUCUCUCCAGACAAAUCAGAUCCUUCCAUAUGUACAGCUUUGCCCCAAAAACAUCCAUGGAGGCCAUAAAUGGAUCCACUGGGAAUUCAGUUUUAUUGCAGCUGGAAAAGUUCAACAUAAAUCGGUUUUAUGAAAUGACUCCUCGCUGUCUUCCCUGGUGCCAAUGUAAAGUUUUACUUGGUGUAUAUUUGCUUUCUCGUUCCCACUUUGAUUGAAAGACUAACAAAGCAAAAAAUGUACCAUCACAGCCGCAGAUUGACUCCUAACUAAAACCAUUUGUCUCUUAAAUACAUAGCCACAGUCUUCUUCAGGACCAAAGUCACUUUUUGAAUUUUUUUUUUUUUCUGUAUUGCCAUGACAGUAUUUACCUGAACUUGAGGUGUGUUUUUGUUGUUUUGUCGCAUUCAUGUCCUUCCCAUUGAUUUGUCAUGAUCUGUGCAGCUUUAGAGAACUGAUACUGAUGAUGCAUGUGUGGUUUUUGUGAGUCUGCCUCUCUCCUCCUCUCUGAUCUGACACGUCAGCACCAGCUGUCGAACGAGCAGAGGAGGAAGAAGUCCAAAUGUGAAUGUGUGGAGGGUGACAGGGACCAUUAUUAGUGGUGACCGUCUGAGGGCAGUACACUAGAAUUGUGCACAUUAAACUAAGUUGCUGUACUUAGCAUUGAAAGGUGGUCUUUAAGGAGACUACAUUGUUUUAUUUUUUUGGUACUGCAGGACUGGAGGUUGGCUGACUCUCAACUUCCAGGGCUCCGUGUACAUUUUGGCACUUUCUACCAUUAUCUCGAGCUUAUUCAAUCUUAAUCAUCCGCUUGCCUUUAGUCAUUCCUUUAAGGCAUGUUUUUGUUUGUUUUGGCUCUUCGUGUCACCAUCUGGUGCUGAUUCAGCAAUUUUUAAGGGCAGUUAUUCUCUUUGUAUGCAUCGUGUAAAGGGGUUUGUCUGAUUCAUCUUUUUAUGGAGCUCACUUCUCUGUAUGUUUUAUCUCCUGGAUAUUUUUCUCUCUUUGUCUUUUUAAUGAUGCAGGUUUUAUGAUGUGUUUUGACUUAAAUACGACUGGUGAAGACAUUUGGAAAUGUUCCUGUUUUUAUGGGAUAAUUGCCAACACUUGAACCUCUCAUUGCCCCACUAAAGAAAACAUCCCUGGAGUGAAUGACACUGUUGUAUAUAUAUGAGAGCCAAAGAAUGUUUUAAAAGUGAAUUCACAAUUUCCUUCAAGAAAACCUCCUUCCAUUCUUUUUCUACGUCAUUUUAAGAUUUCAUUCACAUUUGCGUGGCGUAAUGACCGCAUUUUUCAGAGUUCAUUUGCCUCCUCAAACUUUUCUUUUUUCCUUUUCCCCCUCAGCUCUUGCCUCUGAGUGCAUUUCUGUCUCUACCGCUUGCAGGAAUGCUUUGGAGCCGUUUCAGUCUGAGGCUUUUGGUGUCUCACAGAGCUGCUGUGAAAAAAAAAAAACAGCUUUUUUUGCUCCGUGAGUUGGACUAAGAUAGAGGGGGAAGGGAGGAGGAGAAGGACUACGAAGAAGUGUGAGUGUGUGUGUGAGUGCGUGUGUGUGCGUGCGCGUGGCAGUGUGUGCAGUCUCCAGCUGUGGAAUGUUGAGUCGGCAAGAAGAGCUCAGUGGCACGUCUGGAACCAAUCAGAGAAGGAGGACUCAGGGACAAGAAGGGUCAAAAAGAAGAAGGGUAAAAAAAGGAAAACCUAGACUGAGGAAAAAAGGGGGAAAAAGGAGGAGUGCGAGGAGGAGUUAGGGAUGUAGGAAGAGAGGAAGGAGGAGUGUAAAGGGUGCAGCGGUGUGUCCUGGGUUUACCCCGGCCUCUGCUGGUGGUUUCACUGUACAGGUUUGUCUUUGUAUGCAGUGGAUGUGAGCUGAUUGAGGUGAUGGUGUGAAAGUGGUACGACCCUCUGCGUGUUCCCCAGGGAGAUUACGUCUGUGAGGCAGGCCGGCUCUUGUCCCUGUGAAGAUUAGCUGAAGCACCUGUUCAACUUUUUUUUUUGGAAGUUUUUGUGUCAUUUUUAUAUGAAAUAAAUAAAGUCUAU